GGUGUAGGAGUCCCCUUUCCAGCUUCUCCAGGAGCUUCAAAUCUGCGUCUUGCUGGCUCUAGGGAUCUCUGCAGAGUGGGGAUUGAAUUUGUCUUGAUGUCUGGGGAAGUUCCCCCACUUCUUUGAAAGUCAGGGGGAGCCGGGAUGUCUCUCAACAGGAAGAACUGGUCUGCGCUCUCUAGCCUGGCCAGGCAGAGAACUCUGGAAGAUGAGGAGGAACAAGCGAGAGAACGCCGGCGGAGAGACCGCAACCUGAGCUCCACCACUGACACAGAGGAAGAAGCCCUUUCCCCUGUGCAGGAUACCAACAAGUAGGCAGUGGAGAGGCCACGGCAGCUCAAGGAAGCAGAGCCACCAGCGGCAGCCACGGCUGAAGAGGAGGUGUCCGAGCAGAAGCUCACGGCGGUGCUGAGACCGCAAGAGAUCAGGAGGCAGAGGUGGCAGGUGGAGAGCUCAGAAAACCUCAGAAAGGAGAAGGAGCAGCCAGAGAACUGCAGGGAGCCAGAGAUGGGAGCAGGCCACCUGGAGGCAGCCAUGUGUCAGGGGUCAGUUCAGGAUGGGAAAGCCCUGGCAGUGAAACAGCACCAGGGGCUGACCCAAGAGCCGACCAGCCCAAAGGCAGAACAAUGUCUGGAGUUGGCUUCAGAACGGAAGAUCCUGGUAGGAGAACAGCAUCAGGGGUUGGCUCAGGAUGAGAAAGACCUGAUAGCUGACGAGCCCCUGCAGGAGCCGGAGGUGACAGGAGGCCAGCCCCAGAGAUUGGCUCGGGAGCAGAAAGACCAUAGUCACCUGGAGUUGAAAGUCUCCUCAAGGGGAGGAAGCCGCAUAGAACAGAAACCAGACUCCCCAGUUACUCGUCCCUCCAGCCAGCAGGAUACAGCAAGGAACCCACCCCGGGCUCAGGAAACAGCAGGGUCGCCCUCCACCCAAGACAGACCUGGAGGCUCCUCGGUUGCUUCCCCCACUCAGGUCACCUACUGCAGCUCGUUCAAACGCAUCAGCCCCAGGACGGUCUCUUUCCGGGUGAUCUCAAGAAAAGACAAGGAAGAAAAUGCAUUAACCAGAAGUGCCAGUGUGAGACUUCCAGCCAGUAGCGUCAGGCUCGAGGAGAAACUGGAGAAAUACACGUCAGCUGUGCAGCGAUCUGAGGUGAAGUCACCUGUGACCAUGCCAAGAGGUUUCCUCCCAUCCUUGGAGGGUGUGGCCAGCAAGCGCAGCAUCUUCGAGGUCAAUGCCCCCAGCAAAGCUGAUCCAGCCCCUGUCAGAAAGGAGAAUUUGAGGCUCCCUGGCGUGGUGACAUCUCGCAUCAACCUGUGGAUAAGCAGGGCCCAAGAGCCCAGCAAGGAUGGAAGAGUCAAGGACACUGGGAGAACCGACAGCACGACAAAGCGCAACCUCUGGGCCAAGCAGCCUGACAACUCCUCCAGUGACACCAGGCUGUAACACUACAAGACUCCCUGGGGAUAAUCUCUUGCUGUGAUGAUCAAAGCCUGGCCCUAUGCAAUCCUCCAGCAUCCCUUCUUGGCUUUGUCUCUGAGCAUCUCCAUCCCAUAAGACCAACCCUGCCUGGAGACCCACAUACUGCUUUCCUCUUAUGGCACUGGGGGUUUAGGGGGGCCUCUUACUUCUGACUGGGGGAUGGGAAGGAAGAAGCUUUGAAGAUGACUCGUGUCCUGCUGUCCCAUCCCACCACCCAUUCUAGCUAUGACGUAUCAAAGCCAUGAGUGCUGUCCACAUUGGAGGUACGAGAUCUUUGCUGCCCUGUCCCUGGACAAUGCUUUGGUGUCUCCAGUUGAACAUGCGCUAUGCCACGUGCUGUACCUGCAACAGACUGAACCAGGGAACCCGCACCAGCCUGGUAAAGCCAGCUCCAGAGUGUUGCUAGCAGCAGCUGGGCUCACACCAUUACAGCAUUGCCCCUGUAGGUCCCUAGUUAAAAGCCAGCCCAGGCUUCCUACAGUGGUAGCUAUAGGUAGCAGUGUUGGCUGGCUGAGGGAAGAGCUGUCUCACUCAGUUCCGAGCUCAGCAGAAGGUCCCAACACAAGCAUCCCUCAGCAGAGGGGCCAUGAGGCCUGACCUCGCCUCCCCCACUAGAAGACCUCCCUGUAUGUCAGGGCUCAGGUGUGUUGGCUGGGUCACCGCACCCAGCCAAAGUGCUGCUGGCAUGCGGCUCAUGGAGGAUGUCUGCUGCAGGGUGUGGCAUUUGUUGGGCCAGAUCCAUGGGAUUGCCUUGGUUGGCACUGCUGAACAUCUGGCCAAGCACCCGUCACUGCUUCAUACUUCAUCCAUUCACACACAUGCACCACGCUGUCCCUCCCCCUGGACACUCACUGGGGCUGUUCCAGGGGAGCAGUGUCUGCAUUGUCUCUGGUUUGGUGUCAGAGGCCAAUGACCCCUUUUAGCUCCCUUACUCCCAGCGUGUCACAUGGGAGGUUGGCAGUUCUCAAACUUUCCCGUGCUAGCCCUUC